GAUUGUUGCCGAGGGCGCUUGGACUCUUGGCUUGGAAGAGCGUAACGCAGCACAGCGUGGCUCGGCGCAUCCUAGUCUCCUGUCGGCGCCGCGGCACCGCUCGCCGUGGCUAGUCUCUGGCGUUGCCUUCCCUCCGCCAGCCUGCGGAUGGUUCGGUCCGGCUGGGUCACGCGCUAGACUCGGUGCAAGGGCCUGCGGAACGGGCGAGGGGCAGAACGGUGGCGACAGCCUCAGGACAGUUGCGAGCGGGUUCCGGCCCAGCAUCCGGGAGACGGCGGCGAGCGCCCCAGCUGAACAACCUCAAGCCUUUGAAUUCGAGUGCAGUUUGCAUACCAUACCUGACUCAUCCGGCAGGCCUCGUACACGUUCUGGUCUAGGCAGGAUGGUGCAGCCGUGAUCUGUCAAGCAUAAGUUGAGUCCGCCUACUCAUUUUGGAAACUCUGGCACUGUUUGGCCUCCCCACCUGUCACCGUCACCCACCAGUGCCCCAUCGUUCUUCAGUGGGCAGUGGGGCUGUCAUCUGGCACCUUCUGCUCCUCAGCAAAGCCCUCAGAGCUGGUUUGCCUUCAUCAGAACCCUGGGAACCUUGCCAUUUCUAGAACAAACGGGGGCCUGGCUGUGGCCACAGAGUUCAAGAGGUCCGCCUCUGCCCUCAGGUGUGGGAGAUGAUGAAGGCUGCUGACCCUCCUUGGUGCCUGUCCUGUCUGUGUCCAUCUAUCCGUCCAUCCAUUUGCUCUUCUCCCCCUCCCCCGUGUCUUUCCUGCCCUUGAUGUAGCAACUGUUACGCAGCGAGUGCCCAUUGGUGCUGGCAGGUGCGGACACCCUGUCAGAGCCCUUGGCCUGAUUCCGUAGCAUGGAUGGGGCAGGCCCACAGAUGCCGUCCUUCCCUACAGGCCUCGGCCAUUCUCCAGCACCAUGAACGCCAUUGUGGCUCUCUGCCACUUCUGCGAGCUCCAUGGCCCCCGCACGCUCUUCUGCACGGAGGUUCUACACGCUCCCCUGCCCCAGGGUGCCGGAAGUGGGGACAGUCCUGGCCAGGUUGAGCAGGCUGAGGAAGAAGAGGGCGGCAUCCAGAUGAGCAGCCGAGUCCGUGCCCACAGCCCAGCCGAGGGCGCCAGCACUGACUCCAGCAGCCCGGGGCCCAAGAAGUCAGACAUGUGCGAGGGCUGCCGCUCGCUUGCUGUAGGGCACCCAGGUUAUAUCAGUCAUGAUAAGGAGACCUCUAUCAAGUACGUCAGCCACCAGCACCCCAACCACCCACAGCUCUUCAGCAUUGUCCGCCAGGCCUGUGUCCGCAGCCUGAGCUGUGAGGUGUGCCCUGGUCGUGAAGGCCCCAUCUUCUUUGGUGAUGAGCAACAUGGCUUUGUGUUCAGCCACACCUUCUUCAUCAAAGACAGCCUGGCCAGAGGCUUCCAGCGCUGGUACAGCAUCAUCGCCAUCAUGAUGGAUCGGAUCUACCUCAUCAACUCCUGGCCCUUCCUGCUGGGCAAGAUCCGCGGGAUCAUCAGCGAGCUCCAGGGCAAGGCCCUCAAGGUGUUUGAGGCAGAACAGUUUGGAUGUCCACAGCGUGCCCAGAGGAUGAACACUGCCUUCACACCCUUCCUGCACCAGAGGAACGGCAACGCUGCCCGCUCUCUGACCUCCUUGACCAGUGAUGACAACUUGUGGGCCUGUCUGCAUACUUCCUUUGCCUGGCUCCUGAAGGCAUGUGGUAGCCGGCUGACAGAAAAGCUCUUAGAGGGUGCUCCCACAGAGGACACCCUGGUCCAGAUGGAGAAGCUUGCUGACUUAGAGGAAGAAUCAGAAAGUUGGGAUAAUUCAGAGGCUGAAGAGGAGGAGAAAGCCCCUGCUACGGCAGAGGGUGCUGAAGGGCGAGAGCUGGCCAGUUGCCCAACAGAAUCAUCCUUUCUCUCAGCCUGUGGGAGCUGGCAGCCCCCAAAGCUUUCUGUCUUCAAGUCCCUUCGACACAUGAGACAGGUCUUGGGAGCCCCAUCUUUCCGAAUGUUGGCCUGGCAUGUCCUCAUGGGUAAUCAGGUGAUCUGGAAAAGCAGAGAUGUGAACCUUGUCCAUUCCGCAUUUGAAGUCCUCCGGACCAUGCUGCCUGUAGGCUGUGUGCGAAUCAUCCCUUACAGCAGCCAGUAUGAGGAGGCCUAUCGCUGCAACUUCCUAGGGCUCAGCCCUCCGGUGCCUAUCCCUGCUCAUGUCCUGGCCUCUGAGUUCGUAGUUGUCGUGGAGGUACACACAGCCACUCGCUCAAACCCGCACCCGGCUGGAUGUGAGGACGACCAGUCCCUCAGCAAGUAUGAGUUUGUGGUGACCAGCGGUAGCCCUGUGGCUGCAGACAGAGUUGGGCCCACCAUCCUGAAUAAAAUGGAGGCAGCUCUGACCAACCAGAACCUGUCUGUGGAUGUGGUGGACCAGUGCCUCGUCUGUCUCAAGGAGGAGUGGAUGAACAAAGUGAAAGUCCUGUUCAAAUUCACCAAGGUGGACAGCCGCCCCAAGGAGGACACCCAGAAGCUCCUGAGCGUCCUCGGCGCAUCAGAGGAGGACAACGUUAAGCUACUGAAGUUCUGGAUGACGGGCCUGAGCAAAACCUACAAGUCACACCUCAUGUCCACAGUCCGAAGCCCGACAGCCGCAGAGUCACGGAACUGACUCCGAGAACACCGUCUGGAAGGUGGUGUACAUCUUAGCUCUGUGGGAAAGACUGCCCUUGGGUUUCUGAGUGCUGGCGUGAGAUCCUGUUUGAGGAGUGAAGACUUACGGGCUAGGCCUCGCCCUCCUUGUGAGGCUCUCUUAGCCCAUGUUGAAGUGUAGGGGACACAGGGACAGUGGUCCCACUGCAUAAAAUUGCUCUGUCAGGAACUGGUGAGAUGUGCUAUGUGCCUCUUGAGGAGAAAGGCUGGGAGCUGAGAGGAGUCUACGAGCCAGCCUCUGAGGUUUUGUUGUUGCAGGAUGUCCUCGUGGGCUUAGGACAACACCUUCCCACCAUGGAAGACCAAGCAUCCUGGAUCGUUUGUCUUUGGGUUGAUGACUUCUCAGGUCAUGUGCACACCCGUGGCCUCUGGACAUCAAGACCAUGGCUGUUUUGUUUUUGUUUUUUUAAUUUUAGUCUUUGAGUCAGGGUCUUAUUCUGUCUCCUAUCCCAGUUUAGAACUCACGGUGUGGCCUAUGCUACUUCCAGACUUGUAGCAGUCCUCCUGCCUCAGCUUCCCAAGUGCUGGGAGUACAGAACUGAGCCAUCAGAACCUUACGUUGCUUUCUUCUCUGUUGCUGCCAUAGCAUUAACCAGCGACUGUAGACUGUGGUGGGGUUGAGGCGGAGUGCCUCUCACCGUAGCAGCUUAGACUCCCUGAAGCUUUCCCAAUUUGUUCAUAAUUUAACACGAAGACUACGUUUGUGUGUCUUGGUCUCUGUACAGUUGCAAGAAUGUUGAAACACAAUAAAUCUGUAUUUUUGUAAA